UUUGGCUUUUGGUUCCAGAGGAUUCAGUCCAUGAUUAGCUCGCUCCAUGGCAUAAACAUCAGUGCAUAAUGGAUAACAGCAGCUCAACUCAUUGUAUCCAGGAAGCAGAGAGCAGGGGAAGAGUGACAGGGAGGAAGGGCUAGAGACUAGAUGUACUCCCAAAGAUCAUGGCCCCAUGACCCACUUCCUCCAACUACAUCCUACCUCCAAAUAGCCCAUUCAACUAUAAACUCACCCAUGGUUUACCUCAUUGAUGAGGCUAGUGACUUCACAAUCCAGUCAUCUCUCCAAUACUGUCUAAAUCCACUCAAGUUGACAAUCAAGAUUAACCAGCACAGCCUCCCUUUGAACUCUUGCCUUGGGCCCUGCAAUGUGAGGAAUGGGUUGUCUCCUGGAGAAUGGGAUGCCUGGAAGAUGGAGGCAGGACUCUUGCUGCCUGGAUGCCUAGCUGUGAGCUACAGAAGACCAGAGGCUCACCCAGUGUCAUGGGAGAGCUUUGCACAUAUCCCUGGAAGUUGGGGACCCAUUUCCGUAACCACAGAAUCACAGUCUGGAGACACAAGUGGGCACCCUGUGACUGAAUCAGUAGAUGGGCCAUCUCAGAGCCCACCCCUUCCUUCACCCUCUCCUUGUGACCGGAAAUCCAAGAUGCUAAAUGAUUUGUCCCAAGUCACAAGCUGUGUCCUGGGUCACACAGCUCAUAAGAGACGGAACCAGGACUUGUACCCAUGUAAUCUGACUCAGGCAAGUUUUCUGUUGCUACUCAUGCCGUCCUCCCAGGGAGCAUGACUGCUACCAGGACACAGACAAAACCAGCUUGUUCCUGUGGGACUAAGCUUAGGACAUGUUGCCAUAGUGAUGUUCCCUCUUCUACUCCAAUGACCCGGUUGUCCCGGCAAAUGGAUCACUGUAUCAUCCUAAUGCACUUCCCACCCCAAAUCCAGGCUCCUCUUCAGAGACCCAGAAUUCUGCCCCAUUAGCAGGGAAAAGGGUGGUUAGGUUUCCUCCCCAGGCAGCUGUCCAGAGGUUAAGAAUUUUAAAGCGAUGCCCUCUCUGGCUCUGGUGAGUUUCAUCUUAUGGAUGUCAGAUCAGCUGCUCUGCCACCCAUCCUGCUGUGCCCUGACUUCCUGUUGGUGCUGAGCCCUGGUGGAGCCAAGAGCACAUAAGAGGGUUUCUCCAGAUGCACAUGCACUGGCUAGAGAAGGACUUCCAGAAACUUGGCGGGAGACAGUGCUGAGCAGCUGUCCCAAACCCUGGGAAUAU